AUGGCUCAAGCUGCGUCUAAAACCUGUGAAGUUUGCGUAAGUGCACCUGGAUCACAAUAUUGCAUAGACUGUGAGGAAUUUAAUUGUGAAAAUUGCAAGUUGCUACAUAAUAGGCAGAAGUUAUCGAGAAACCAUCAGUUCCAGAAAUCGUCUGACCUGAUCCCGGAAGGUAAAUCUAGAUGUACAGAACACAAAGAAGAAUUUACCCUAAUUUGUAACACAUGUAAUGCACAGAUAUGCCCAAGUUGUGUGACAGGAAAACACAAUGGGCAUACAUUUUCCAAGAUUGUCGAUGUAAUCGCUCAACUACGUGGAGAUAAUGAAACGAAAAUGCGUGCCAAGACACAUGAAGCAAACCAAAAUAUAAAUAAGAUUGAGGAAAGUUUGAUAUCGUUUGAUAACUCCGUUGAGUCUGUUAUAAAGUCCAUCAACGAUGAAAGCAAAAUGAUUAAACGCAUGAUUGAUACAUCCGUAGCUCAGAUGAUUGCCUUGGUGAAAGAACAAUCCAAAAAGGAGAAAGACAAACUGAUGAAUAUGUCUCAUGCUUAA